AAACAUUGUCUCUCUCUCUCUCUCUCUCAUCAGCAUGUGUGCAUCACCAAGUACACCAAGUACACUAAGAAAGAAAAGAAAAAUAGAACGUAAGUUUACAACAUCUUUGUGCUACAUGACCUUCUCGAACUUUCCCCGCGCCCAAUAAUUUCCAGAUAUACUCCCGCCGGUACUUUAACUAGUACAUAAAGCUUGUUUGAGAUACGUAGGUGCUAUUUCUGUUCCGUCUCUUCCAGGAACAUGGAAACCUUAGUGAAGGAGCUACCUAAAGAAUUGACUCAAGAUUUACAAGAGCUCCCCAAUUUGCUGGAAGAACUGGGAAAUCUCUCUGCGUUUCAACUCUAUCCUAAACGCGUGCAGAAAUCGGCUUUAAUUGAUGUACUGGGUGAUAAAUCUCCCCUGGUAGAAGUCAUCAUGGAGCGUUUAAAGGCCAAUACUGCCCCACCGUCUACAGUUGACAAAUUGUUGUCAUAUACUUUGGCACCCUCUCAAUCUCAAAACAUUAGUUAUGGAACUUUCAUCAAUGUUGCUGAAGCGAUACUCAAGCCGACCAAACCAUUUGGUGAUGAGAGUAGUGUAAGAAAUUUUUUCUUUUCAAAAAUGCAUUCUCUAAAAGACGCCCCUCUACCAGAGACAGAGAUAUCCUCCGUGCAGGCAAUGCUUGAC